AUGAACACCAUGGCAGGAGUGUUUGAAUCAGUGCCGAUCGUGAACUUCGCCCAUCUGAGCGACCCCAGACAUCAACGGAAUGAGCUAUCGAAGUUGAAAGAGGCAAUUUUCACCGUGGGAUUCCUGUAUUUGACUAACACCGGUCUUGAGGAUCUCCUCCAGCACACACAUGAAAGGUUACCGGAACUUUUCGAUCUGCCCACAGAAGUGAAAGAAGGGUGUAACAUGAUUCACUCACCCUCGUUCCUGGGAUACACUCGACUUGGAGCGGAGACUACAGCUUCAAGAAAAGAUCUUCGCGAACAAUUUGAUUUUGGAACACCAGAGAUGAAAGAAUGGAAUCCGAAUGAUCCAUUUUGGCAAAGACUGGAAGGGUCAAACCAAUAUCCAGAUACACCAGGUGUCCAGGAUCUUGUAGAGACUUACAUCGCUCGAAUCGAUGACUUGGCACAGAAAUUCGUACACUCGGUCGCAGAGUCCCUAUCUCUCCCGUCAAAUGCCUUUGAUGCCUUUAAAGGAAAUAUGAGUCGCUUGAAAUUUGUCAAGUAUCCCCGCUCAGCCCAGGAUUCGCAAGGAGUUGGUCCUCAUAAGGACUCUGCUGGUCUUUUUACAUUUCUUUCGCAAGAUGACACUGGUGGGCUGCAGGUCCUUAACAAGAAUGGCGACUGGAUUGAUGUUCCUCCUGUCAAGGGAAGUCUGGUUGUCAAUAUUCAGCAGGGGUUCGAGGCAAUUACCGGUGGUAUUUGUGCUGCAACUACACAUCGAGUUAUCGCACCAACAUCUCAGACGCGAUACAGCAUCCCAUACUUUUUAGCAGUUCGUCUCGACUUGAAUUUGAGCCAGCUUCAAGAAUCAGCAGCUCACAUCGUGGACCGAGUUCCUGUCUCUGAUGACCGGAAGAAGCGGGCAGUUGAUGUGCCUAGCGAGUUUCUCUCUCCUUUAUAUUCCUGUUUUGGAGAGGCUCACUUGAGGAAUCGCAUUUUGAGCCAUCCUGAUGUUGGACAGCGAUGGUAUCCAGCGCUGUUUACAAAAUAUUCCACCCAGACACUGAAAUAA